CUUUCUUUUUUUGAAGAGAUUCUAUUUACAUAAUUUAAUUAAUUUAUUUCCCCAAUUUGCAUAUUUUAAAUUCAAUUUCUCAGAUUUACAAUUAAAACAAAAUAAAAAAACAUCGGAUCCCGACAAAAAUCUAAAUUAAGUUUUUUUUUUUCUUUCUAAAACACAAGUAUUAAACAAGUAGAGCCCACCUAAGUUUUUGUUUCAUGAUCAAGUGGCCACAAAUUCCCAAGUGAAGAAAUCUUGAAUCUCAAAACUUCAACUUACCCACAUCAGAUUUCACCUCAUUCUCCUCAAAUCUCAAAGCUUUUUCGAGUUUAGACUCAAAAAGCACCGAUCUUUGAGGAGAAGAAUGAAAAUGGGUUUCACAAUGGGUCUGAAUCUUCUUCUUCUCUUAGCUAUGGUGGCCACAAACAUACUCUCACUUUACCAUCUCUCUUCCAACAUUCAACAACCGAAUAAUCUCAACCCUUCAUCAAACCCAACUCAAAAUCAAGUCCCUGAUUACCUAAUUCACCAACUUCAAACCAUACGCGCCACCAUAAACCACCUCACGCGCCACCACAAUCACCACCCCGAACAACAACACUCAAAACCCACUUCAAUGCCUUCAGAUCUCAUUCUCUACUCUCAACUUUCUCCUAUAGCUUCAUCUUGUCAUAACAACCCAGAACUACUCUUUACUUACAUGAAUUACACUCCUUUCACUCUCUGUCCACUUGGAUCGGAUGAUGUUGUUGAGGCCCUAAUCUUACGUGGUUGUCACCCACUUCCACGCCGCCGUUGUUUCUCUAAAACCCCACAAAAACCCUCUUCAUCUUCACUCCCUCAUAACCCUUUUCCACCUAAGCUUUUAGAUGAAGUUGUUAUGUGGAAAAAGUACUCUUCUUGUAAGAGUUUUGAUUGUUUGAGUAAGCUAAAUCCCAACAUGGGUUUUGAUAUGAACAAUGAAGUUUCAAACUUUUUGAGUUAUAAGUCUGAAUUAGACCUUCCUGUGCCUCAACUUCUUCAGAUUGCUAAGGCUGCUAAUUCAGUCAUUAGACUUGGUCUUGACAUUGGUGGUGGAACAGGUACAUUUGCAGCUAGAAUGAAACUUCAUAACAUAACUGUUUUAACCACUACAUUGAAUGUUGUUGCUCCUUACACUGAGGCUGUGGCAUUGAGAGGUUUAGUGCCUCUUCAUGUGCCUUUGCAGCAACGGUUUCCGAUUUUCGAUGGGGUUGUGGAUAUUGUGAGGUGUGGUAGAGCUAUUAACAGGUGGAUUCCUUCUGCAACACUUGAAUUCUUGUUGUUUGAUGUUGAUAGAGUGUUGAGGAGUGGAGGGUAUUUGUGGUUGGAUCAUUUCUUUAGUAAAAGUGUGGAUCUUGAUAAGGUUUAUGCACCAUUGAUUGGGAAAUUGGGUUAUAGGAAAGUUAAAUGGGCUACUGCUAGUAAGACUGAUUCAUCUGGUUUGAAGAAUGGUGAGGUUUACUUGACUGCUCUGCUUCAAAAGCCAAUACCAAAAUGAGAUUUUUUACUUCUUUUUUUGAGGAAGACUUUAUAGAAAGGAUUACUUCUGUUCAAGAUUUAAAGACUUGUCUUUUCUCACUUUGAGAAGAUGGAUAUAAUAAGGCUUUGAAAAUGGAGUAAGAAAGAAAACAUAUUUAUUUCCAUUGAAGGUGGGUUAUAUUAUACUUUUUCUAAUUGGUUUAUUAAGAUUAGGGGGCAAAAUUUGUGGAAUAGUAGAUGAACAUAGUUGGGAUAAAAGGUGAAUUUGUAAAUCCACCAAAAGAUCCAAUUGAAGAAACAAAGAAAGAAAGAAGUGAUAAUCUUUUGUUGGCAUCUUGAAUGUUUUGUAAGAUAAAGUUAUUAUUCCUUUAAUUUUUUUUUUAGAAAUAAAAUAUUGUGAAAAAAAGUUAAGCUUUAA